AUGUCUGCCCCACCAGUUCCAUACAGAGCAGAAUCAAAUUCCCAACAAUAUACCCCUUCAUUCCCUCCACCUGUCUAUUACAGGGAUACAUUUGGACUUGAACCAGUUGAAUAUUUACAGGGUGAUUGUAUAACAGAUUCAGAUGAUGAAUCUGGAACUACAAAAUCUACUGUUCGUCACCACAAUUUUGUCCGUAUUUUCCAUCCGGGGCCUUCUACUUCUUGUCAAACUAUAGAGCAUCGACCAUCAUUGCCUUUCAGUCAGAUUCCCCGUCGAAAAUCAGGUUUUUCUACCACAACAAGUAAUCAUGCUACAAUACCUGAAGAUCAAACUUCACAACCUAGCACACUUCAGUCAAUGCAGGUACUUUUAGGUGUUGCUUUACAACUUUUAAUAUUUUCAAUUGUUUGUGUGUUUUUUGAUGGUUAUUGGGCUGGAAUUUGUAUUAGCAUUUUUCUUUUAAUUAAUUCUGUUUUGUUAAUUAUAUUUAUGCGUUAUAAACAAACUCGAAUAAUGAUUUGGAUUUGUAUGAUAUUUUCAACAAUAAGUGUUCUUUUAUCAAUUAUAUUAUUUACUCUUUGCACUUAUUUUACUUAUGAAGACAGUAUUAAAAGUUUUUCAAAUAAUGAUGAACAACAAAUUGUUUCAGCAGCUAAUGAUAAUAUUGAAUCGAAUAAAAUUGUACAAAAUGCAAGGUGUUUUAAUUAA